AAAAGUAUUCCUAAAUCCAUGGGCUUAACUAAUGCUAAUCUUGUAGGCCCUUUAACUCGCCGACUGCUGUGCAAAUGGCUAAGGAGCAUGUGGAAAGGGAUUACGCUGUUGUAGGCAGCUGGGAGGACACGAAUAUAACCCUGACCGUCCUCGAGAAUUACAUUCCACGAUUUUUUCGCGGGGCUAAGCUCAUGUAUGAAAUGCACAAUAACAAGAUCACCAAUCGGAACAAGAACAAACGUAAACCGUUUAUAGAGCCUGAAGUUAAGGAUUUGAUCCGUAAGAACUUUACUAACGAGUACGAGUUUUACCAUUUCUGCAAGCAACGUUUAUACAAGCAGUAUUUGGCCCUCAACUUGAAGGAGUUGGAGAAGCAUGGUCUUUUGAACUAGUUGGUUUAAAGUCAGACAUUUAGAUUGUAGUAGGUGAUAUAUAUGCGAACAAAUCUUCACAUUUUAAUAAAUAGUAUUCAGUAAAACCGUAGACUAGACCCACACUUUUUUUACACGUUGAAUCCAUAUCUGUGUCUUAUCGUUUGUUGUGUGGCAUGUGUACCCUUCCCAUGAAGCUUCUAAACCCCUUCUAAACCUGUACCCCAUCCC